CUCUGAUGACGUCACUCGCAGAGUUGUCAUGGCGUCUUUGAGACCGAAGCUACUGCUGCAAUUUAGCUAAAAUCUGUCGACAGCGUUUGUAUCGAGAUGGAUAAAAAUGCAAACCUGCAUCGGGACCCUGACGGGACUUCGUUGUGUGCCACGAUUGCGGACAAAAUGGGCGACGUUCCCGACGUAGGUGGAGUGAAAGGAAGUGCGGACAAAUUCAAGAAUAGUGAGGCUCCUCUCUGUACUUUGGGUGAUAGCAGCGCCACUGAUGUUAGUUCUCAAAGCUCUGGUGAUGUUCUUCACAAUGCUGGAAAGUCCGACGCGCCGGAGCUUAUCGAAGCCCCCUCCGUUGURCAGGAGGAAGACAAAGGGGACUUGGUUACAAGCCAGCCGUGGUCCGGGUCUGGGAGUCAGAUUAGUAACGGGAUGGGGCUUGAGUCGGUGCUGUCAGCAGGAGACAGCCAGGGUGGUGCCUCAAAGUUAGUAAACAACAAAACCGACGACCUUUCCUCACCUCCCGCCACAGAGAGCACAGAUGCACCGCCCGAGGAGGGACCAGCUCGCGAACAAAACGAAGCGACGAAACUUGCCAAACCGACUCACCUGCUGUGUGCGGACGGUGGAGCCGAAACAGACGUUAAACCGGGGUCGUCCGGCAAGCACACCUUAUCGGAGGGACYGCCGAGCGGGAGUGACCCGGAUCCCAGCCUCGGCGGUGAGUCCCGGAGCAUUGAUUCCUUGGAGUCCUUCUCCAACCUGAACUCGUGUCCCAGCUCUGAGGGGCUGGAGGACCGGGGACUGGCUUUGGCCUUGCAGAACGAGUACAGCUCCGAUGGGACAAAGACUUCGUGCGCCAAGGACCGGGCCGCCGGCCAGUCCAUCUACCACAUCAAAUGGAUCAAAUGGAGGGAGGAGAACACGCCGAUCAUCACCCAGAACGAGAAUGGGCCCUGUCCCUUACUGGCAAUCAUGAAUGUCCUUCUGCUUGCAUGGAAGGUUAAGAUGCCACCUAUGAUGGAAAUUAUAACAGCUGAGCAGCUGAUGGAGUAUCUUGGUGACUACAUUUUGGAAACCAAACCUAAAGAGAUCUCAGAGGCUCAGCGGUUAAACUAUGAGCAGAACAUGAGUGAUGCCAUGGCAGUGCUGCACAAGCUGCAGACGGGUCUGGAUGUAAACGUGAAGUUCACAGGGGUGCGGGUCUUUGAGUACACCCCAGAAUGCAUUGUGUUUGAUCUGCUUGACAUCCCUCUUUACCACGGCUGGCUUGUUGACCCCCAGAUGCAUGACAUUGUCAAGGCAGUGGGCAACUGCAGCUACAACCAGCUGGUAGAGAAGAUAAUAUCCUGCAAACAGUCAGACAACAGCGAGCUGGCAGGCGAAGGCAUCGUGGCGGAGCAGUUUCUAAACAGCACAGCCACUCAGCUGACAUACCAUGGCUUGUGUGAGCUCACGUCCACCGUGCAGGAAGGAGAACUCUGUGUGUUUUUCAGGAACAAUCACUUCAGCACCAUGAUCAAAUACAAGGGCCAGCUGUACCUUCUGGUUACAGACCAGGGUUUCYUGACGGAGGAGAAGGUCGUCUGGGAGAGUCUGCACAACGUCGACGGAGACGGAAACUUCUGUGAUUCGGAGUUCCGGUUGCGACCUCCUUCUGAUCCAGAGACUGUGUACUGUGGCCAGCAGGAUCAGAUAGACCAGGACUAUCUGAUGGCGCUGUCGCUGCAGCAGGAGCAGCAAAACCAGGAUCUGCAGUGGGAGCAACUCCCCGAAGGCAUCAGUGACCUGGAGCUGGCCAAGAAGCUUCAAGAGGAGGAGGACCGACGAGCUUCUCAGUACUACCAGGAGCAAGAGCAGGAGCAGGCAGCAGCUGCUGCAGCGGCACAGGCACAGGAUGCUGUGGAAGGAGGUGAGGCGGACAGAGGAGCAGCAGGAGCAGCAGCGGGUGCUGGGACUGCAGCAGCAGCUGGAGCCACCCCAAGCCCAGGGAAACAGCCGUCAGGUGGGGAGCGUAAAGCCAAGAAAGAAGCAAAAGAAAAAGACAAGUGUGUUAUUUUGUAACACACGGCGUGCCAGUGUGAGUGUGCGUGUUUUGUGCUUAUCUGUGUAAACGGAGACCGUAUUUGUUACUGCGUGGACUGAACACACGACGUGCAGCUCCUGCUCGACAACAAACAAGGGAAGGGGUAUCGGCUGUUCCCAAACCACUGGUGCCUGCUAUCCUCUACCCUCAGUGGAACCUGAACACCACAGGAAGGGACACUACAACAUAAACUACCACCCCUGAUCUUUUCAUAGAGUCAGCCAAACUUUGUUACAGUAGCUCACUGCACUGUAUUUGUGACGUGGGGUGAGGUUUAAUUGGUGCGGCAUAUUUUAUACAAAACAACUAAAGACACGUCAGUGUCUCACCUUGUUCAUUUCCAUUUCAUUUGUCACUAAAGCAGCUUAUAAGCUUUUUUGUACGCAUCAAUAUUUACAAAACCUCCACUUUUUAAUCAGCCGUUGAUGCCAAAAUUCACAGUUUAUUUAUGUUACAGUUAAACAGGUAGCUUUUGGGAUUUUUUUUUUGUUUUCUUUCGUUUUUGUAAGCUGUAAAGGGAUUUUGUUUUCUCACCUGUUAGAAUACAGUGUUAGCACCACUUGUGUCCCUUUUGAAACACUAUUUCCUAAGGGUUAAAAAUGCCAGAUAGCUGCCAGACACUGAAGCUGUGUUGCAACAGUAAUCACAGCUCACCCUGUUCAGAUAUGCCUUACCAGAGUACGGCGUUGUUGUAAUUUGGUCUGUUUGAAUGUGCGCGUGGUCUUGAGUUUUGUUUAGACUGGAUUUAAGUGUACCGURCACAAGAUGCUACAUGAUAUGAUGGUGUGCAUUGUACCGAACGUUAUAUCUGUAAGUUUCAGUUUAAAAAUAGCCAAUUUUUUUAUGAUGAAUUAGUURAGCUGCAAGUUUUGACCUUUUUUUUGUUAUAAUAUACAAAAACAYUUUUUUUUCUCGCUAUAUGUUGCAGAAUAGAUUUGUGCCCACAGAGUUCAGAGUGAGUUAAUAAGCCCUUUUCCCUUUUGCAGUUUCUUUGUCCCCAUCUACAGGACAAGAGCGGCGCAGAAUAAUGUGAUUUUAGAGCAGGCAGUGAUUUAUGCCAUCACCAUAAAGAUGCAAAAAAGGAAUACAUUUUUUUUAAAAGUAGGGUUCCACAAACUUUUAUAGCCAACGCCAAAGUUUGCUGCAGGUGUUCCUUUAGUUUGUUACCUCAGUGCUGUUUCUUUAUAUCCACAUAUUAAUAAGAAAAUCAGUUUUUGUCAUGUACACAUAGUGAAACCCCAAUUCUGAAAAAGAUCGGACGUUUUGUAAAAUGUAAACAAAAAAAGGCAAUGUUUUUGCACAACAGAUAUUAGAACGUAUUAAGCAUAUCAGAUACUUAAACUAAGAAAUUGUGCAAGUUUUUGGGGAAAAAAAUAAGAUAUUUUUGGAAUUCAUUACCCAAAAAUGUUGUGACAGGGUCACGUUGACCCCUAUGAAACAUCGCCCAGUCUGCAAAUGUUUAGGAAUGAGCGGGAACCAGUUGUUGGAGAAUUUGAAAGAUAAUGUUCCAUUCUUGUCUGAUGUAGGAGUCUAGCUGUUAAGCAGUCCUGGGUCUCCUUUGGUUCACAUGUUUUUUAUGGACAAGAGAUCUGGACUGCWGGCAGACCAGUUCAGAACCUGGACUCUUCUACUACAAAUGCUGUUAUGGAUGCAGUAUGUUGUUUAGCUUUUUCUUGCUGAAUUAAGCAAGAUAUU